AUGGUACGAAGAUCGUUCCAACCUCGCUUCUGUUCUAACAACGUCCAGUCGAAACAAUACCUUACUCUUCACACAGUCGACUCGGCGCAUCCAAAAGCUAGCGAUGUAUUCGCCGUAGCGCCGACCACCACACAGCUGCUGUCAGCCUCUGGCGCAAGUAGCAUCAACGUUUACGACACCACGCAACCCGAGUUUCCAAUCAUACAGACACUUGAAAAGGCGCAUCCACUCGGUAUACACCACCUUGUAACCGCACGGGAAGAGAAGGCGCGACGGGCCGCGAGUGCUGGCUUCGAGGGCAAGGUUAAGAUAUGGAGUCAAAAUGAAGAUGGUGUAUGGAGCGAGGACGGAGAGAUUGUUGACCAGAACAAGCCGGGUGAGAUAUGGGCCAUUGCGCUCAGCGCAGAUGGACAAUACCUCGCGAGUACCAGUAUCAACGGCAAAAUCAAUGUGUGGAGCUUGAACAAAGAUGAGGGCAUGCCUCGGAUACGCGAGUACGAGACAAAGGGUAGUUUCGGCAUGUGUGUGGACUUGAGUCGCAACGGUAGCUUCACAGCCUCAGGGCACGAGAACGGAUCGAUAUACGUCUUCAACAACGAGACCGGACGCCUCGCACAUUCCUUGGCUGGCCUCGUACAUCCAGUUCGCAGCGUAGCCUUCUCACCAGCUUCAAAACUGUUAGCAGCAGGAGGUGAUGCAAGGAUAAUCGCACUCUACGACGUCACUUCGGGCGAGCAGGUGGCAAACUUCACCGGACAUGGAGGUUGGGUGCUCAGCCUGGAUUGGAGCGAUACCGGCGAGUACCUACUUUCAGGAUCACACGAUUCAAAAGCAAAAGUCUGGCGCAUCGAAACGAGGACUUGUGUUGCAACACACUCUCACGGUGACAAGCCUCUUUGGAGCGCAAAAUGGUUACCAAAGGUUCCAACUAAAAGCGAGAUGUUCGCACUAGCAGGAGGAAAUAACUCGAUCAGUUUCUACAGGGAGGCCGCGGGUUAAUAUAUGAACUACCUAGUAUGCGGAGCGCUUCGCAUCAUAGACACUCCACGCUGUGCAAGGAACAAUGAAGAUGGAACGGCAGCAAGAGAGGCAAAAUGGCAAGCGAUUGGUGUAAGAUGAUGGCCAGAAGCUGCCACUUGGAAAUGGUCAGGAUUCAUGAGCUGUGGGAACCUGAGUAGGUAAUAUCUGGCUUGUGCCAUCCAAUCAGAUACAAGGUAGUAUCG